AUGGCGGACGUCCGGUCCAAGAACAUGUACGAGCUUCUUGGCAACGACCCAGAGCUCGAUCCCAACAGAGAGCCAGAGCCUCCGCUUCAGGUCGUUGACAAGAACGCUCCUCGCCGUGGCAAGCGUGACGGCCCAAACGAGGCUCGCGACACUGCUCCUCCUCCACGCUCCAACCGUGGACCCAGACUCCCUGCAAAUGAGCAAGCAUUCCGUGACCGCAAUGCCGGAUCUCAGAGCAACCGCAACCGGCCAACCGAUGCUCCCAGCGACCGGGCUCCUCAGGCUGCCCACAGGAACCGUGAUGCCCGUGGUAACAACAUUCGGGAUGACCGUCACUCUCGCACCGAUAGAGCCAUCACAGACAAGCAGGUCGAACAGGGCUGGGGAUCCCGCUCUGGCGAGUCUGCUCUGAAGGAUGAGCGUGCUGGAGAAGACAUUGCUCGCAGUGACGAGAAGGAAGCUGCUGAGGCGACUGCUGAACAGCCUGCUGAGGAGCCAGAGGACAAGAGCAAAUCAUAUGCCGACUACCUUGCUGAGCAAGCCCAGGCCAAGCUUGAACUCGCCGCAAAGGAAACCCGCAAGGCUAAUGAGGGAGCCAAGGUUGACAAGAAAUGGGCCAGCGCCAAGGAAUUGAAGCGUGAUGACGACGAAGACGAGUACAUCAAGGGCCAGAACAAGGAGUCCAAGCGCGAGCGCCAACGCAAGGAGAAGAACGUCCUCGAGGUCGACAUGCGCUUCGUUGAGGCUCCCCGACGUGGCGGUGACUCCUUCCGUGGACGUGGCCGUGGUGGUGACCGUGGUGGAGACCGUGGUGGUGAUCGCGGCCGUGGCGGUCGUGGUGGACGCGGUGAGUUCCGUGGUAGCCGUGGAAAUGCUCGCGGUGCUCCUCGUGGCGGUGCUUCCCACUCUACCGGCCCUACCGUUGACGAGAAGAACUUCCCUUCUCUUGGAGGCAAAUAA